UACUUUAUUUAUAGACAGUCCUUUACUAAGAUACGUUACAGAAACACAUCUUACAAGCAUUUCACAAAGAGAUAUCAUUGCACCACAAUGUACAACGUAAAGAAUAAAACUGUAAUGAUCACUGGGGCGGCUACUGGACUAGGCUACAAGUAUGCCGAAAUAUUGCUUCAUAAUGGUGCAAAGAAGAUUGCCGUGGUUGAUUUACCAACAUCAAAUGGCCAGGAUGCGGUAGCUACCUUGGAGAACGAAUUUGGGAAGGGCCGUGCCAUCUUCGUUGCCUGCGACGUGUCAAAGGCCGAUGACUUGAAAAAGACAUUUGAGAAGAUCGUCGACGUGUUUGGAGGACUCGAUAUUCUUAUCAACAACGCCGGUAUUUUGAAUGAUAAACUGUGGGAACAAACAAUCGAGGUUAAUGUCAAAGCAGUAAUUCGCGGCUCUAUAUUGGCGUUUGACCAUAUGGGAAAGCAUAAAGGUGGCAAGGGUGGCGUAAUCGUCAACAUCUCAUCCGUGACCGGAUUGUGCCCAUUUUUUUUUAUUCCAAUGUAUUCUGCUUCGAAGCAUGCCGUUCUGGGAUUCAGCCAAUCUCUGGCGAAAAUGUAUGACAAAACCGGAGUGCGAGUUGUUAUAAUGUGCCCGGGAAUUACACAGACAGCGAUGGUAGGAAAUAUCCAACGUAACAUAUGCGACUCUUUUCAAGAUCUGGUAGACAUUGAUGCUGAAAAACGUUCGGGUAACUAUCCGGAACAAACAACCGAUAAUGUGGCACUUGCAAUGUUAGACCUCAUCCAGAAGGGUGAUAACGGAGCGGCUUGGGUCAGCGAAGGUGGUCAACCGCCGUACGCUGUGGAUUUUCCUCAUUAUUCCAAGCGAUGUCUGCCUGUAUAAAGCUGAUAUUUGACGACUUAUUUUACUCUCAUUUUACACGAUAACCAAAUGCUACAGCAUAUGGGUUAAAAAUUAAAAAACAGCAUUUCAAAUAAACAUUAACAUUCUAACCGAA